ACGGAGUUUUUGUUGUACGUCAAGGACAGUUCUGCAGAGGAGAUACUUGACCCUGAAGAUCUUUCAACGAUAGACGACAGUGGAUUUGUCAAAGGUGCCAAAACCUUGUUUCUGAUCCAUGGCUUCAGCGAUAAUGGUAAGAGUGGAUGGAUUCAGGCCAUGAAAGAUGAACUCUUGAAGCUGGUACCAGUGAAUGUUAUAAUUGUUAACUGGAAAAAAGGAGCGAAUGGCUGCUACUUUUCAGCCAUAAGAAACAUCAAAUAUACGGGGGACAGUACAGUCGAGUUGAUUGGUAUUCUCUCAAGUGAAGGGGAGGUUCCUUUAUCGAAAUUUCAUUUGAUUGGACAUAGUCUUGGAGCUCAUGUUGCUGGACACGUUGGUCAGUUUGCAGAAAAUAUUGGAAGAAUAACUGGUUUGGAUCCUGCAAGUUUUGGAUUUUCAACAAAGGGUACAUCGAAACGACUGGAUGCGAGUGAUGCCGAUUUUGUUGAUGUAAUUCAUACCGACGAUGGUGCAUUAUUUGAAUUGUCCUUUGGUUAUGUGCCUGGAGUAACCGUGGGUGAUGCUGAUUUUUACCCAAAUGGUGGAAGUAAUCAACCAGACUGCCCAAUGGCACACUUUAGAUUUUUCCAGGACGUAUUGAGGGGCAAAAUGGCACAAAUGACAAAGGCUAUAGCAUGUAGCCACAUGAGAGCCGUGGCUUAUUUUACCAGCUCAAUUAAUACAUGUGAAUUCCCAGUGCACACUUGUCCAAAUGGAGACGAAGUACCUAAUGCGUAUAUGGGAUACCAUGCUUCUCCUGACUUGCAUGGUAAAUUCUGCCUGGAAACCACCGGUACUAAGCCAUUUUGUGUAAGUAAUUUAGUAGCUUCAUGA